AUGGCGUGUGGACCAAAAUGCAUGGCGUUUUUAAUUUUUAUAAGUUUAUGGGGGAUUAUAUUCUUGAGCAUCCUUGGUGGUCUUUACUAUAAUCAGUCUGUUGGCCUGUUUGAAAAUUUACCUGGUGAAGACAAGAACGCAUGUUCUAUCGGAGACUGGGAUUGUCGGAAGAAGCACAUUGUUGAUCUGUACCAUCAGAACGCCUACAAUUGUUGGAUUGCAGCCGCUGGCUACGCCGUGGUCGCCUUACUGGCCGUACGAAAACGUCCGCUAGAACAACUGGAAUUCCAAAUGCGUGAAGUGUGCGUGGCGGAUGUUUGGGUACCAGCGGGAAUCGAAUCACAUUUUCGUAGAGAAACUCAAAUACCGUUUUCGUACACGAAACCAAAUGUGAAAUUCCUCCUACGCAGAGCAAAACUUAAAAUGCCAAAGCCUAUUUCCUUCAAUUUUGGGUUUCGAAAGCCUCGAGCGCAACCAAUACUCGAGUGCCGACAAGUUGACGAUUGGAAUACGGAUAUGCGCUCAUCCAUGGUAUUGCCGCUGGUGAAGAAGGAGAGCAUGGCGCAGCCGGUACAUUUGCAGUACAAUUCACCAAUGCCAAUCUAUUCGAGGGAGACCGCCGAAGAGCAAUACCAACAGCAAAUCGGUAGCGAUCCGACGCCAAUCUCUACACCAAUCCCAAUGCCAUCCGGAGAUAAACAUUUCGAUCCAUCAAAAAGCGCUACGCUCAAGUUCAUCAAGGAAGGUGAUGAAGGACACUUUGGUGAGCAUUUCUUCGAGCAGAUAGCAUCAGUCGAAGCUCCAAAGCAAAUCCCACAUCAGGAGCCAGAAUGGGCGCUUUAUGCUCGAGAGAAAAGCGAACGAGCUCGUUCGAGGACUCCAGCCGAUCCCGCACAACAUCAUACACCAUCGAUGACGCCUACUCAUGAACGACAUCGUCCGGCGUCGUAUCAUGAAAGGCCGCGCGAGACGACUCCACGAGAAUUUGUCGAAAAAUCCAGAACCUUUACGCAUACGAAUCAACCGCGUUGGGGUCCAUCCUACUCACAAACACUGCCUUUUCGACGAAGAGUGCACAGCGAGACGAGAGACACACCUGGCUAUGAAUAUGGUGGAAUGGACUUCACCAAAGGCAUGCAUUUCUCAUCCGCACCCUACGACUACACCUAUGAGAUACGUCGCAGUCGUGCGGAUGAUACGCGGUCCCGCUUUAGACCCGGAUAUGAAUUUGGCGGCUCGGACUUUGGUACUGGUUACGUAGCCGGUGGCCCUUACCAUGGACAUGGACCGGACCCUCCUCGACUACGUCCACACUACUCGGCUGAUCCACGAUCCGCAUGCAAUUCCUACUACGCUCCAAAUGUAGAUGAAGUAGACGCCAAUCUUCUCGUCGGCGACACUAUCUCUAAUCAGAAAAUUCGUCAUGAAGUCCGCCAUAUUAACCAAAAUGAAUUUGGCACCAGUUUUGCUCCGCCCAGUGGUUUUAAGAGGGACCAUAUUACUGUACGUCGACAAGAACCUCCUCCAGGACCCGUAACGUUUAGCUUAUCCGCAAACAAGGCACGUUACGGCGGUUCAACCGGCAGCCUCCCAACUUUAUCGCGUGAACGUGAUUUCGCGACACAACGUCAAUUCUACGAUGACAAAGAGGUGACGGUGCAGACUCUACUGAAUGACGACGUGCUUAGAAAGCGAGAACGUGAAACUACACCCGUAUGGCACGACCAUAGCUUGAACAAACAUGAAGCGUGGAGAAAUCGUUCCGACCCACGGCUCAAUCGCAACCAGGUGUUUACGAACGAACCGAACUGGUCCCGCACGGUUCAACAACGUCGUAAUGCCUGGGAACAAAAAGCGUAUGAUACUGAGGCUCGAGUCAAUUUGCCUGCUUCGGCAAAGGUACCACCGCCUCAGCCGCCCGCUUGGCAUAAUAAAGCAGCUAAAACGCAUAACGUUUGGCAGCACGCAGCGGAUACGAUGAGUGGAAUGACGCAAUCGUACGAACCUCAACGGUCUUACGAACCGAGCUAUUACCAAAGCGGUGGCGAUUCGCAGCAGUACCGAUCACAGUACCACGAAGAACGUCACAUGCAAUCGCAGCCAAGUUAUCAGCACAGCUAUCAACAGCGUCACGAACAACAACAACAACAACAACAACAACAACAACAACAUCAUCAUCAUCAACCAGUACAGUACGCUACCAGUGCUCCUGUACAAGGCUAUACGAGCUCUCAGCACACUGAGAGUCAUACUACACAUUCAAUCCCAGCGCCGCAGACAUACAUCACUUCGGGUCCCAUUGGCGGAAGUAACGCAGAAAUGCAGGUGAACACUGGUUACAAUACGAAUCAAAUCGACUACGUGCGAGAUCAUUUCGAUAAGUAUCGCGCUGGUCCAAGGUAUCCAGGAUCGCAUCACGAGCAAUCCAGUCAAUCUAACUACAGCAAAAGUUAUUCCUCGUCCGCGCAGCAUCAGAACGUAACACAGCAAAGUGCGAUUCCACUACCACCUGCCGGACAGACGUAUAGUUUUAGCACGGAAACAAGGAGUACCGCACAAGGAAGUGGACCGGUGUCAAACUCGGCCAAUUACCAGCAGAGCAGCUACAAUCAAUCGUCAUAUUCCAGUGAGAAAUCGAAACCGGCCCCAUUUGAAAGAAGUCAUGAGGCCAGUAGUUAUCACAAAUCCGUUUCGAUGGACACCCGCUCUAUUCCGACUGCACCUCCUGCUUCAUUAAAGGGCGAAAAAAUCGGGAAAAUGUUCGCAUCGGAUGAAACUCGAAAUAUUCCGAUUCAUCUGACAAGCUCCAUGUCUGAGGCGAGCCGAACAUCAUUCCAAAAGAGCAGCAGCUCAAAAGAGGAAACUCGUUCCGUGCCAAUAAAGCCGACUCACUCAGAGUUUAAGGAGAGCUAUCAGAGAAGCGAAUCUUCGAAGCAGGAGACUACACGAUCAAUUCCUGUACAUUCGGUUGGGGGAAACCUUCAGGAAUCGCACAGCACAUCCUUCUCAUCCCAGACGGCAACGCAACCGCUUUCGGUCACUGCGCCACAGAAUUACACUACUAGCAGCAGCUACCAUAGUGAGACACAUACUAAUCAGCCGCCUGUUACGAUGCACUCUCCUGGUGGAUCUUAUAGAAGCUAUCAGAGUUCGCAUUAUUCUAAACAGGAAAAGACUACAUCUACAACGACAUCUCAACCGCCACAAACUGUUAUUCAUACCACAAACCUUCCAAUAACGAAAACCACAUCGUACAACUAUCAGCAGCAAUCGGUUCCCAUCCAACAGCCGGCACCACAGGUCACCCAGUCCAGUUUCACCUCGCACACUGAGAAGAAAAGUACCACUGGUGGAGGUCCUCCUCCUCAAGUGUCCCCAAUGCCACCUGCACAGUCGAACUAUGAAGCACAGUAUCAUCGUCACAGGGAGGAGACACGUCGUGAGGAGACUAGCCGCCCAGUGUCGCAACUUAGCCAGUACAGUGAACAGAAACAUUACAAACGUAAUGUGGAAGAAAAGACAGAGACGAGAACGAUCCCGGCUGCAACAAGUAUUAUAACGUCCGAUGCGAACAAAAGUUUCACUACUCAGGAUGUUUUCAACAAAAGGGAGGAAAUGAACGAAACACUACCACUUGGUAGCAUUAGCAAUACUCAUGCUAAUACACAGGGAGAAUACCGCGAUGUGCAAGGUCAUGAUGUCUCGUAUAAACGUGAAACUCAGACGGCUGUUGAUCCCGGAAAAGAAUAUGCUCUUCUAAAAGAGGAGGAGAAGAGAGUAGUGGAAACGGACCUUGAGCCUGGUGUAAUUUCAAGGCAUGUAACAACGAAAUACUAUAAGAAAAAGACAGUGACCGACACUACCACCACCACUACACCACAGUAA